AUGUUCUCUAUUGCAGUACCUUCAUCGACAUCAUCAUCAUCAUCAGAAAUUAAUAGUGAUGAGCAGACCACUGAGCCAGCAACAACAGCUUCAGCCACUCAUCAAUCUACACCUGCCUCUGAAAAAGAAAUGACCUAUUCAAGCAAGCCAGAAAAAAUGUUGAUGGAGCCGGGCGUUAACCAAGUUCUUAUAGACCACUUAAAAAAAGAAGUUGAGCAGUUGACCGAAAACGAAAAAUAUUGCGCCCUGUUGUUUGAUGAAAUGACUGUAGAAAGACAUGUAGAUUACGAUCCCGUUGCAGAUAUAAUAGACGGUUUUGAAGAUUUAGGUGACUAUGGUGGCCGAUCUCGAGGUAUCGCCGACCACGUUCUUGUAUUUAUGCUGCAAGGUAUCUAUAAGAACAUUGAAGAGCCUAUAGCUUACUAUUUCACUUGUGGGCCGAUUUCAUCAGAACAUUUAGCUAAUUUAAUAAAUGUCAUUAUUAAAACUGUUCAUUCAAUUGGAUAUCAAGUUAUCACUACAGUUUGUGAUCACAGUGUCCGAAAUGUAGGUGCAUUAAAAUUACUUAAAAAGAGAAGUGACCUUCCUCCAAAUCAAAAUUAUUUUUUGCUUAACCAAGAUAAAAUAUAUAUCGUUUACGACGUACCGCAUCUUUUUAAAUCCAUCAGGAACAACUUCCUCAAGACUGGAGUUAUGAUGUUGAGUAACAAAAGAGCUCAGUGGUAUCAUUUAGUUCAGGUCGAACAAAGAAAUCGAAUCAAACGUCUGGGGUAUACAAAAAUAACAAAAAUGCACAUUGCUCCUAACAAUCAAGCUAAAAUGAGGGUAGAAAUAGCCGCUCAAAUUCUGAGCAACACGGCAGCUGGUAUUUUAAAAAUGAUAUCUGAGGAUGUUGAAGAAGAACAAGGAAAUGCUUUAUUACAGACUGCUGAAGUUAUUAAAGAACUUGAUCAACUGUUUGACUGUACCAACGGACCGGGUGAAAAUGAUGUGGACAAAGAUAUAAGGUCACAUGUUCACAGAAACAGUUCCCACCACCAACUUUGGCCAAAGUACAAAGAAAUACUAAAUACCGUAGUCUUUUCAGAACUUGACCAUGAUGUAAAAUUAAAAUUUCGAUGUAUUAACAGCUACAUUAUUACAUUAAAAUCCUUAGAAUGUAUCUGGGAGUAUGUUGCCUCAAAAGGAUGUGACUAUCUUAAUUUGAGACGACUGAAUCUAGACGCGCUUGAAAACUUAUUUGAAAUGAUAAGACAACAUAAUCCAACAGAGGGAAAUCAAACAUGUCAUAAAUUCAAGAAAGCAUUAAAAUCCAUAGUAAUGACUCGUCUCGGCAUUCCGUUUAGUGAAGAGCCCGAUGAAAUGGACGAAUUAUUAUCUGAUUUUGAAGAUUAUAUGCGUUCAUUUCGAUAA